GUUGGUUUAGGGGCUGAUUUGCCACUGAUUUCUAAAUACAGUGGGUAUUUUGCCACCAAACAGAGUGCGGGGCCAUACAUGCCACAAUAUUGUACGUACAGGGGUUUAUUUGCAUCUUAUGCUCUCGCUGGGAUGUCUCUGUUGGAGAAAUUGCUCCUUAUAGUCUACUUGUUCAUCUGCCUCUUUUAGUGCUGCCGUUUGUUUUUGAGUUGAGAAUCGUUUGAAGGAGAUUUGGAAGGAGAUCGAAGGUUUGGCGCAGUGCAGUUGAUUGGGCAAGUACAAUAUAUAUGUCGCGGAUAAAUUUGAGGAAAGCUGCUUGUAUUCAGGAAGGUGGGAAAGGAGAUGGGAGAAUCCGUCGGGCUGAGGGUUGUGGCUCAAUUGAGAGAGGGGUGGUUUCUAUGUAUGAGGAGGAUUUGAAUGGUGAGAGCACGAGCAUGUGGGUUGAGGAUUGUGGUUGAAUUUCAGAGGGGCUGGUCUUUGAUUUGGUUAUAACCAAUUGUGAUUACUGGGUUCUGAGGAGUCAGGAAACAGUGGGUGACAAGUUGAGAAUUAUGCUUUAAUUUAAAGGCCGCUGGAGCCUGCGCCUACUUGUGGACAUCGUUACAUUUGUGCUGAUUUUUUUAGCCUGUGAUUGUUGCGGAAUUUGAAUUUGGAUUUGGGUUGUUCUUUUGGUUUUCGGUAUAUUUGUAGGGUUAAUGUCCACUGUCAUCCCUCUACUAUUAAAAAAAUCCAAUUUAAACCUUUUACUAUUAGUUUACCUUACGUCCUCCUUCUGCUAUUAUUUACCUUCAUUAGUCCUCCCUCUACUAUUGAAAAAUACAUCAAUGUUGUCCCUCCAUCCAUUUUAGGGGUGAUGAGUUUGUUGACCGUUAAUCCGUAGAUAGUUAAACGUUUAGGCCUUUUUUUUUUUAUUUUAAUUUUUUUCCCCAGCUAUGCAUUGGUGGGUCCCACCAUGCCACAUCAGCUUCCAAUUAAUAUCCUCUUCAAACAGUGCACACCUAAAAACCCCAAAUUUCUUUCUUUGUUUUGAACUCAUUUUCGCUUGUCUUGGGUUAGGGUUUUGUCAAACCCCCUAUUUUUAGUAAAGUUUUAAUCGAUUUCUCCCCUUUUUCAGCUACCGUUCAAGACCUCAUUCAACUAGAUGGUCCCACAUUUCAGAAGCCUUGCACAAGAGACAACCCAAAAGCACGCUCGUCUCUUGCUUUACUUGCAAGAAAACCAGAAGCUGU